AUGACCAAUAAACGAACUUGGUUCCAAGUUGAUGUUAAAAAUGCUGGUAAUCGUCCUGUUCAAGCUAGUAUUACUGAUCCACAGGGUCAACAGAACACAGUAUCUGUAUCAAUUGAACGAAAAGCUCCAGGAGAAUUUUUUUGUGAGUAUGACCCACGCGAACCUGGUCCUCAUCGGAUUAAUGUUAAUUUUGAUGGCCAACCUGCACCAAAUAGUCCAUAUCCUGUAAAUGUUAAAUCAUCUUUAGCAUCUGAUCCUACAAGAGCAUCUGAUCGUACAAAAUUUGAUGUCUUUGGACGCGGUAUACAACCAAGAGGUGUUCAUAUAGAUGACAUAGCUGAUUUUUAUGUUAUUACUGGAUCUGCUGGUGAGGGUAUUAUGAAACCAACAGUUACUGAGCCAGAUGGUUCGCAGAUUCCUUGCCGAGUAAGGAAACUUAAUAAAACAACUUAUGAAUGUGAUUAUGUACCGACUCAUGCUACACUUCAUACAGUUAACAUAACAUAUGAUGGUACACCUGUUCCACGAAGCCCAUUUCUAGUUGAGGUCGGACCAAAAAAAGAUUCACGUAUUCGUACAUUUGGUCCAGGACUUGAGGGUGGUGUUGUCGGUUAUCCAGCUGUUUUUGUUAUUGAAACACAUGGUGAAACUGGUUUAUUAGACGUAGUAAUCAAAGGACCAUCAAAAGCACGUGUUGAACGUAAGGAUAAUGGCGAUGGUUCGAUUAAUGUAACUUAUUGGCCAACGGCAUUCGGAAAAUAUGCAGUACAUGUUCUUGAUAAUGGUAAAGAUAUUCCAUUAUCACCAUUUAUGGUUCGGAUUGUAGCACGAACAAUGUUCGCUCCAAAUAAGGUUAUAGCUUAUGGUGCAGGAAUUGAGCGUACUGGACAAAUUGUUCAUCAACUAAAUAAAUUCACUAUUGAUACACAUCUUGCUGGUGAGGCACCAUUACAUGUUUCAGCUAUAGAUCAAGAACGUCAAUCAGUUAACGUGCAAGUUUCUUAUAAUGGUGAUGGAACAUAUACUUGCCAAUAUACUCCACAAACUCUUUUGUAUCACUGGAUUUUUAUAAAUUUUGGAAGUGUCGCCAUACCAAACAGUCCAUUUCAAAUUUGGCCAAUAGAUCCAUCAAAAGUUCAUGUUUAUGGACCUGGUGUCGAACGUGAUGUUAAAAUAAAUAAUCUAACACACUUUUUUGUAGACUACAAAGAAGCUGGUCCAGGCAACAUAUUAGUCGUUAUAAAAGAUGCAUACAGACAAGAUGUAUCAUACAAUAUUAUUUGUGAUCAAGAUAGAAUAUUUCGCAUUGAAUAUACACCUAAAUUACCGGGUGUACAUUUUAUAAAUGUUUUAUUUUGUGAUCAUGAAAUACCAAUAUCACCAAUCCAAGUCGAUGUUGAAUCAAGAAAACCACUUUGGUCACCUAAACAACCUGAAAUACGUGCCUAUGGACCUGGUCUAUCACGAGGUACAGUUAAUGAACCAGCUAAUUUCAUUAUUGAUACAAAUGAUGCUGAUAAUAUUCAAUUGGAUAUAAAAAUUGAAGGACCAUCAGCAUUGACAAUUGAUUUUCAAUAUAAUGAUUAUGGUAGACCUCAAGUAACCUAUUAUCCAAAAGUCGCUGGAAAUUACAAUAUUAAUAUAUUGUAUGCAGGAAAACAUAUACCAGGAUCACCAUUUGCUGUCAUAGUUGAUCUUAACAUACAAGAUAUUCGUUGUUAUGGACCCGGACUUUGUUCCAUGGGUAUGUAUCGUAUGGAUUUAAUAAGAAUAUAUGAC